AUGGAUAAAGGAGUUUUUGUAAUCCAAAGUGAGAGUCUUCAGACAUGCAUUCAAGCAGGCAAAUCUGGACUUACUCUGGAGAAUUGUAAACAACCAAACAAGAAUAUGCUGUGGAAAUGGGUUUCAAAACAGCGCCUCUUUAAUAUAGGAGGCAGUGGUUGCCUAGGUCUUAACUUAUCUAACCUAGAGCAGCCAUUGAACAUAUAUGAAUGUGACUCUACCCACAUCUCCUUGAGGUGGCACUGUAAUAGGAAGAUGAUCAUGGGCCCACUCCAGUAUAUGGUCCAGGUGAAGUAUGACAACACCAUCGUGGCCUCAUGGAAAUAUCUUCAUAAGUGGAUUUCUUAUAUGUCAGGUGGUGGAAGCAUUUGUGAAUAUCUGCAUAAAGAUUUGUAUACAAUUAAAGGGAAUGCCCAUGGGAUGCCAUGUAUAUUUCCGUUCCAGUAUAACCAGCAGUGGCAUCAUGAAUGCACCAGGGAAGGUCGGGAUGAUGACUUACUGUGGUGUGCCACAACAAGCCGCUAUGAACGAGAUGAGAAGUGGGGAUUCUGCCCAGAUCCCACUUCUGCAGAAGUAGGCUGUGAUGCUGUGUGGGAAAAGGACCCCAGUGCACACAUUUGCUACCAAUUCAACCUGCUUUCAUCUCUUUCUUGGAGUGAGGCACAUUCUUCAUGCCAGCUACAAGGAGGCGCUCUACUAAGUAUUGAGGAUGAGACUGAAGAAAAUUUUAUAAGGAAGCACUUAAGCAGUAAAGCAGUGACAGUGUGGAUAGGUCUGAAUCAACUGGAUGAAAAUGCUGGCUGGCAGUGGUCAGAUGGAACACCACUCAACUAUCUGAACUGGAGCCCAGACAUAAACUUUGAGCCAUUUGUUGAAUAUGAUUGUGGGACAUAUAACUCGUUCAUGCCAAAUGCCUGGAAGAGUCGAGAUUGUGAUUCUGCCUUGCCUUACAUAUGUAAAAAAUAUUUAAAUCAUACUGAUCAUGAAGUACUUGGCUGUAUGGAGUCUUGUUCCGAGAUCUUGGUGUCAGCUAUCUGCUUCAGAUGUCAUCAGCUUUUGGCCAUUAGGACAUUUAAAGAUAUUUUCUUGUUUCUGCUGUCUGAUCAAGGUGCUAAGGAGGGAUCUUGGAAAGUUAAAAAUUGUGAAGAAACACUUUUUUACAUUUGUGAAAAAUCAGGCCAUGUUCUUUCUGAUGCUUCAUCAGGCUGUCAAGAGGGAUGGGAGAGACAUGGUAAAUUCUGUUACAAAAUCGACACAGUCCUUCGAAGUUUUGACCAUGCUUCCAGUGGUUAUUACUGUCCUCCUGGACUUGUAACCAUUGCAAACAGGUUUGAACAAGCUUUUAUUACCAGUUUGAUCAGCAGUGUGGUAAAAACGAAGGACAGUUCUUUUUGGAUAGCUCUUCAAGACCAGAAUGAUACGGGAGAAUACACUUGGAAGGUGGCAAGGCAGAAGCCUGAGCCGGUGAGGUACACACACUGGAACGCACACCAGCCAAGUUACAGUGGUGGCUGUGUUGUGAUGCAAGGAAGGAAUCCACCUGGUCGCUGGGAAGUGAAGGACUGCAAACACUUUAAGGCAAUGUCCUUGUGCAAGGAGUCAGUCAAAAUGAGCGGAGAAAAGGAGCAUGAAGAGAGAUGGCCUUUUCACUCCUGCUCUUUGGACUGGGAGUCAAAGCCUGGUCUGGCCAGUUGUUUCAAGGUAUUUCAUAGUGAAAAAGUCCUGAUGAAAAGAACUUGGAGAGAAGCUGAAGCAUUUUGUGAAGAAUUUGGAGCUCACCUUGCAAGCUUUGCCCAUAUUGAAGAAGAGAAUUUUGUGAAUGAUCUCUUACAUUCAAAAUUUAAUUGGACAGAAGAAAGGCAGUUCUGGAUUGGGUUUAAUAAAAGGAACCCACUGAAUGCUGGCUCUUGGGAGUGGUCUGAUGGGACUCCUGUUGUCUCUUCAUUUUUAGACAAUAUUUAUGUUGGAGAAGAUGCAAAAAAUUGUGCUGUGUAUAAGGCAAACAAAACAUUGCUGCCGUUACAAUGUAGUUCCAAACGUGAAUGGAUAUGCAAAAUUCCAAGAGAUGUGCAACCCAAGAUUCCACGAUGGUACCAGCAUGAUGAACCUUGGCUCUUUUACCAGGAUACAGAGUACCUUUUUCAUACCUAUGCCUCGGAAUGGGCUUCCUUUGAGUUUGUCUGCAGCUGGCUGCGCAGUGAUCUUCUCACAAUUCAUUCUGCACAUGAACAAGAAUUUAUCCACAGCAAAAUUAAACUGCUAUCAAAGUAUGGUGUAAAUUGGUGGAUUGGACUUCAAGAAGAAAGCACCGAUGUUGAAUUUCGCUGGAGAGAUGGCACACCAUUAAUAUAUCAGAACUGGGACAAAGGAAAAGAAAGAGCUGUGAAUAAUCAGAGCCUGAGAUGUGGCUUCAUUUCAUCCAUAACAGGACUCUGGGGUAGUGAAGAGUGUUCUGUUUCUAUGCCUAGUAUUUGUAAGCGAAAAAAGUUUUGGGUCAUCGAAAAAGAGAAAGAUACACCAAAACAACAUGGAACAUGUCCCAAAGGCUGGCUAUAUUUUAACUAUAAGUGUCUUUUGGUGAAAAUCCCCCAAAAUCCAAACCAUCAUAAGAACUGGACAGCUGCUCAAAAUUUCUGUGUUGAAGAAGGUGGAACACUGGUCUCCAUUGAAAGUGAAGUGGAACAAGCUUUCAUUACUAUGAAUCUUCUUGGCAAGACCACUAAUGUGUGGAUAGGAUUACAGAAUGAUGAUUAUGAAAAAUGGCUAAAUGGAAAGCCUGUAGUAUAUUCUAACUGGUCUCCAUAUGAUAUAAUAAAUAUUCCACAUCAUAACACCACAAAAGUUCAAAAAUACAUUCCGCUCUGUGCCUUGCUGUCAAGUAAUCCAAAUUAUCAUUUCACUGGUAAAUGGUAUUUUGAAGACUGUGGAAAGCAAGAUUACGGGUUUGUUUGUGAAAAAAUGCAAGAUACUUCUGGGCAUGAUAUAAAUAUGUCUGAUGUGUAUCCAAUCCCCAGUACCUUAGACUAUGGAAACAGGACUUACAAAAUAAUUAAUGCAAAUAUGACUUGGUAUACAGCAAUGAAAACCUGCCUGAUGCAUGGAGCCGAACUGGUUAGCAUUACAGACCAGUAUCACCAGUCCUUCUUCACAUUUAUCCUCAACCAUCUAGGACAUCCCCACUGGAUUGGAAUGUUCACCUCAGAUAAUGGGCUUAAUUUUGACUGGUCUGAUGGCACCAAGUCCUCUUUCACUUAUUGGAAAGACGAGGAGUCAUCCUCCUUUGGUGACUGUGUUUUUGCCGACACCAGUGGACACUGGAGCAGCACAGCCUGCGAGUCAUUUCUGCAAGGAGCCAUUUGUCAUGUGCCCACUGAGACAAGACCAUUUGAGCACCCAGAGUUGUGCUUAGAAACAUCUAUUCCUUGGAUAAAAUUUAAAAGUAAUUGCUACAGUUUUUCUACCAUCCUAGACAGUAUGAGUUUUGAGGCUGCUCAUGAAUACUGCAAAAAGGAAGGAUCUAAUCUUUUAACAAUCAAGGAUGAGGCUGAAAAUACUUUUCUCUUAGAAGAGCUUUUAGCUUUUGGUUCUUCUGUCCAGAUGGUUUGGUUGAAUGCUCAAUUUGAUAGUAACAAUGAAACCAUAAAGUGGUUUGAUGGAACUCCCACAGACCAGUCAAAUUGGGGUGUUCGGGAGCCAGAGACAGACCUCUUCAAACCCCAUUUGUGUGUUGCCUUGAGGAUCCCUGAAGGACUGUGGCAGUUAUCCCCGUGUCAAGAAAAAAAAGGAUUUAUAUGUAAAAUGGAGGCAGACAUUCACACUCUAAUAGAACAUCCAGGAGAAGAACCAAGUCACAGCAUUGUACCUCUUGCCGUAACACUGACACUGAUAGUAAUUCUGGCAAUUUCCACACUUUCCUUCUGCAUAUACAAGCAGAAUAGUGGUUUCUUCAGGAGGCUUGGAGAAUUUAGAAAUCCUUACUAUCCUACAAGCAACUUUAGUACAAUGCAUUUAGAAGAUAUCCUCAUUUCUGAUCUUGAAAAGAAUGAUCAACAGUAG